AUGACAAUCCCAGAAUUCAUAAUUAUUGGAGGAGUUGCAGGGUGUGGGAAAUCGACGGUUGGUCGAUUAUUGGCCGACAAAUUGGGCUACACUUUUGUUGAUGGCGAUGAUUAUCAUUCGCAGGAAAAUAAAGCCAAAAUGGGUCAGGGAAUCGGGCUGAAUGGUGAGUUUUUUUGAAUCAUAGGAAUCUCAAAAAAGUCAUAAUUUUCGGCAAAUUUUGAAAUGCAAAAAAUCCUAAUGCUUUCUGAUAAUCGCAAGCGAGUAAUCUCGUGUUGCUUUGACUGGAUUAUAUCCGUGAUUUGUGCCAUGUUUCAUCAAAAUCUGAAACUUUUUGGCACUUUCCUACGAAAAUUUUUUGCCUUGGCCCCCCUUAUCAUUUUUUGAAAACAUCGGAAUUUCAGUUGUAAACUCAUUUUAUUUUUUUCGCAGAACGAUUUCAGCUAAUUAUCAGCGUUUUUUCAAGUUUUUUUACCUGCUAUAAAAAAAUUUAUUUCAAAAAAGUUCUAUUUUUUCCAAAUUUCAUUUUUUCAAAUUUCCAAUUUCAGAUGAAGAUCGAGCCCCUUGGCUUCAGAAGCUCUCCGAAAUUGCUUCAACUUCUCCUCGCACAGUCCUUGGAUGUUCAUGUUUAAAGAAAAAAUAUCGUGAUCUUUUCACCGCAUCUAACCCAGAUCUCGCUAUAGUAAUAUUGGAGGUUACAACAGAGCAUUUGGUCUCCAGAAUGGCCAAAAGAACGGGUCAUUAUGCCAAACCGAAUCUAUUGGAGAGUCAGUUUCGGGAUUUUGAGACGCCCAAAGACGAGAGAAAUGUGUUUAUUGUGGAUGGAAUGGAGACGCCAGAGAAAAUUGUGGGAAAAAUUGUAAAAGUAGUUAGUAAAUAA